AUGAGAUGCAAAACAAAUGUCAACCCGAACUUCAUAGUGCUAAAACGGGAUAUGAGCAAAGCUUAUGAUCGAGCUAGUGACGAGUCGAAUGGUGUUCUGAAGAAAUUGGAUCGAGCUCGUAAAGUAAGGAGUAGUACCUCAAGAAGAAUGGCUCCAAGAAUUGUGACCGCACGUGCCUCUGCAGAGAAACUCAAAGACCCUGAUCAACUCAUCGACUCUGUGGAAACUUUUAUCUUUGAUUGUGAUGGAGUUAUAUGGAAGGGAGAUAAAUUGAUAGAUGGGGUCCCAGAACCCUUGAUAUGCUUCGGUCUAAGGGUAAGAGGUUAUUUUUGUUACCAACGACUCAACAAAAUCACGAAAACAGAGGAAAUCUUUGCAUCAUCCUUCACUGCUGCUGCUUACUUGAAGUCAACUGAUUUCCCCAAGGAUAAAAAGGUUUACGUUGUCGGAGGGGAUGGCAUCUUGAAGGAGCUCGAGUUAGCCAGAAUUCAGUAUCUUGGUGGGCUAGGAGAUAGUGAGAAGAAGAUUGAACUAAAGCCAGGUUAUAUGAUGGAGCACGAUGAGAAUGUUGGGGCUGUUGUAGUUGGAUUCGAUCGAUAUUUCGACUACUACAAAAUUCAGUACGCAACUCUCUGCAUUCGUGAAAACCCAAGCUGUCUUUUCAUCGCUACAAACCGUGACGCUGUGACUCAUCUCACUGAUGCUCAAGAAUGGGCAGGUGGUGGUUCAAUGGUAGGUGCCAUCAGUGGUUCCACUCAACGCGAGCCUCUUGUUGUAGGAAAGCCCUCGGCUUUUAUGAUGAACUAUUUAGCAAACAAGUAUGUUUAG